AGGCACAACAGGUCAAACUGUUCAGGUUGCACAGGGCAAAGCCGGUAUGGAAGGACUGUCGCAGAGCAUCAUAACGGCUGGCCAAAGGGUUCAGGCUUCGCGAGGGGCGCCACAGACCAUCGCAGGAGGAGACCAGGCAGUUCAAGUCAUCCAGAGCCAGACGGUUCAGAGUGGCCAGGGCACCGUGUUAGGUGGUAGUCAAGUUAUGGUACAAGGUGGCCAGGUGACGAUGGUACAAGGAGGCCAGGGUGCUAUGAUACAAGGGGAAUCUCCUAACAUUGCACAAAUGUUAGAAAGCCAGGCAGUAGAAGAAGGUGGGGCUGCAAAGCUCAAUAUCAUCACCAGUGGAACCCCUGAACCAACCGUGACGUGGUUGUUUGGCGGGGUUGAGCUAAAGGGAGACGCUAGACGGAAGAUUUCUGUGGACAGCGCGACAGGAUCUCACCUCCUGAUGAUACAACAAGUGCAGGAGGCAGACUCCGGCGACUACACGGCCAGGGUGGAGAAUGACUUUGGCAUUACCGAGUGCACAGCACAAAUCCUGGUGUACCCUCGUGGUCAGAAAGUCACAAUAGUGCAAGAAGGAGUGCAGAAUGUGACAGGAGGCAGUCAAACUGUUCAAGUCGCACAGGGUAAACCCGGUAUGGAGGGACUGUCUCAGAGCAUUAUAGCGGCUGGUCAAAGGGUCCAGGCCUCUCGAGGGACGACUCAGAACACUGGACAAGGAGGCCAGGUCACUAUGGUACAAGGUGGAGACCAGGGUACCACGGUACAAGGUGGCCAGAUCACUAUGGUACAAGGUGGCCAAGGAAUGAUGGUACAGGGUGGCCAGGGCACGACCGUGGUUCAAGGCACAUCUCAACACAUCGUCGAAACCGGCACCACACUUCAAGGGGAGCCGCCAAACUUUGGGAAGAUGCCUGACUCUCAGGCAGUAGAAGAGGGUGGCACAGCUCGAUUUGAGACCAUCGUCACGGGAAGUCCGGAACCCGAGGUGGCCUGGCUGCACAACGGACAGGAGCUGAAGUCAGGCGGUCGUUAUCAGAUCAGUGUAGACUCUGCAAACCAUCACCACGUUCUGGUCAUACAGAAGUUAGCAAAGGCUGAUGCAGGGAAGUACACAGCAAGAGUGGGUAACCAGUUUGGCGAGGCAGCUUGCACUGCAGAGCUGCACGUCAUUGCACCUGGCCAGAAAGUCAAGAUGGUGAAAGGCGAGUCCCCAAACUUUGCGAAGAUGCUGGAGAGCCAAGCUGUGGAGGACGGCAGCGCCGCGAGGUUUGAGGUCGUCGUCACGGGCAACCCAGAGCCGACCGUUAUAUGGCAGUACAAUGGCCAGGACCUUAAACAAGACCAGCGAAGAGAAGUCAUCUCUAACAAGGCUAAAGGGCAGCACGUGCUGCUCAUCGAGAGUGUUCAGCAGUCGGACUCAGGGGACUACACAGCCAGGGUGAGGAACGACUUCGGAGAAGCCGCCUGUACCGCGCAGCUUCUAGUCUACCCUCCCGGGCAGAAGGUGAAGCUCGUCACCGGAGAGUCGCCGAACUUCGCCAAGUUUCCCAGCAGCGCUGCCGUGGCGGACGGGGAUCCGGCGCGGUUUGACGCGAUGGUGACCGGUUCUCCCGUACCGAACGUCACCUGGCUGCACAUGGGGACGGAGAUCCGAUCAGACACGCGGAGGAAGGUCGUCUUCGACCAAUCGAAGAACAUGUCCAGCAUCGUCAUCUCGCAGGUCCAGCCCUCGGACGGAGGAGACUACACGUGUCAGCUGACCAACGACUACGGACAGGCCGCCUGCACCGCCCAACUUCUCGUCAAAGGUAUUAAGAAGUAGUAGCCCUUGUGUAGUGAUAGGCUGAUACUGUAGAUGGUUUUCCUGGCAGCUACAGGCGAGAGUAGUUACCGUAGAUCUGCACUUUUAGAAAUAAUGCUAAAAUAUAGAGAAAAGAUACUCUGAAAUAUGUGCAGAAAGACCAUCAGCGUUUGAACUGCAGUGAUUUCUUUAACAUCUCUUGUAGUCAAGAUCUCUUGCUGGACUGUUGUAUACCUUUGAGCUCCACUAAAUGACACUUUCCCCUAUU